AUGCGCGGUCUGUUCAUUCUACGAGAGAAAAGUGGGGUUUUGUUUAGGAACAAUCCUGCAAAUAAUCCAAGGGGUGAAAUUCUUUCAAUAUGCUCUUCGAAAUCUGAUUCAACUGGUAACGGUAGAUCCACAAUAUCAAAUCAGAUAUCUGCUUAUCAUUUUUCUCCGGGCGGCUAUAAAUUAUACUUUGCAUUAAAUUCAGGUGAUUUAUACUGCUUGGACUUUGCGAAGAACUGGUAUCAAUUAAUAGCUUCGUUGAAUCGUGGUAUUACAUAUAUAUGUUUAUGCGAACCACGUGGAUAUGUCCUUCUGGGUUUAAAUGAUAACAGCAUCAGAAUCUUAGACGAGGGUAACAUUUUCGCCAUUUUCUGGUUUUCCUGUGGAAGAUGUGUUGCUAACUUGUUGCUUUGUUUCUCUUCAAUAUCAGGAUAUUUUUUGGAUGAAAAUCAUAUCAACAGUCCGGAAAAGAGAUUAAUUCUUUGA